AUGAAAGCGCUGGAACGAUCCCCAGCCCGAUACCCCAUCAAUCGUGUGGAUUGUAAGGUGUUUAGUGUUCCCAGAGGUAAUCUAUCCGUUAAUCAGGAGAAUCUCUAUAUAGGACAGUUACCUAAGCGCAUUAUCAUAGGUAUGGUGGAUUCAGGUGGUUUUAACGGCGAAUACGCUAAAAACCCAUUUCUAUUCGGGCACUAUAACACAUCAUUUCUCUGUUUAUAUGUGAAUGAAAAGCAGGUUCCGACACCUGUGUACACAUUAAACUUUGAGCGACACGACUAUCUGAGGGCUUACCACGGCUUGUUUGCCGCCACGGGACAGUUAGGCAGAGAUGAAGGCAAUAACAUUUCUAGAACCGAUUACAGUAGGGGGUACACAUUGUUCGCAUUUGACUUGUCACCGGAACUUAAUGACGGUGAUCACUUUGAUCUCAUAAAGAAGGGUAAUAUAAGGUUAGAAAUGCGUUUCUCCGUACCAUUGCCUAGUACCGUUAACGUUAUAGUGUACGCAGAAUUCGAUAACAUAGUCCACAUAGAUAAAAGUCGAAAUGUGCUUUUUGACUAUUCAUUAUAA